CGUCCCAGCUGGCGAGACAGCAGGGCGCAGGACCCCGGCCCGCCGCGGUACCGUGCUGACUUCGGGGGCCCGGAGCCCGGGGCGCUUUCCCCGCAGGAGGGUCGGGAGCGCGAGGCGGCGGGAGGGCGGCGCCGGGAUGCGGACGCCGGUGGUGAUGACCCUGGGCAUGGUGCUGGUGCCCUGCGGGCUGCUGCUCAACCUGACCGGCACGCUGACGCCCGGCUGGCGAAUGGUGAAGGGCUUCCUCGACCAGCCAGUGGACGUGGUGCUGUACCAGGGCCUGUGGGACAUGUGCCGCGAGCAGAGCAGUCGCGACCGCCAGUGCGCCCAGUGGGACGAGUACAAAUACUUCGCAGCCAACCUAGUGCUCUUGGCGCGGGCUCUCACGGUCACGUCCCUGGCCACCACGGCCCUGGGGCUGCUGCUGGCGACGAUCGGCGUGCGGUGCUGGCAGGACAUACCCCAUUUCGUGCUGGCCGGCAUCUCCGGCUUCGUGCUGUUCGCCUCCGGCCUCUUAAGCCUCAUCCCGGUCUCCUGGUACAACCACUUCUUGGCGGACCGCGACGUUCUGCCCGCCGCGCCCAGCCCGGUCACGGUGGAGGUCGGCUACAGCCUGGUGCUGGUCUAUCUGGGCAGCUGCCUGCUGCUGGUGGGCGGCUUUUCGCUGGCGCUCAGCUUGGCGCCCUGGUGCGAGGAGCGCUGCAGCCGCGGCCGGAAGGCGCCCGCGUCCACCGUGCGCCGCAACAGCAUCAGCACCGUGUACGUGGACUGGCCGGAGCCCGAGCUCACGCCGGCCAUCAAGUACUACAGCGGGGGCCUGCACCGGCCGCGGCCCGCAGAGCACGGGGCCACCGGCAAGACCAAGGUCGGUUUUCCUAUGCCUCGGCCGCCGCCGAAGGCCUACACCAACCCGGUGGACGUGCUGGACGGGGAGAAGGGAGCCAGCUCCCACGGCAUGUCGUCGCGCAGCACCCAGCUCUGCCUCAGCUUGCCACCCUGCGACUCUGACCUGUAGACAGCAUUCCCCUGCCUGCUCUGGUCUGACCUGUCUGGACAAGGAAACACUCACGCCGCCAGGGUUGGACCCCGAACUUGUCUGUUACCUGCUACUGGAAAUGCCUGGCUCACCAUGGCAUCUGCAUCAGAAGCCAGGACAUGUUCCUGCAAACUGUCUGAGAGAGAGCUUCUUGUCCUGUGACCAAGCUAGACUUCUUGGACGGCUAGUUCAGGCUGGGUUUGGCCUUUAUUUUAUGCAGUUGUUUCCUGGCUCAAAUAAUGGGGGGAUCGGUGCAUUAUUUUAGCUAAAGGAGAUAUGGAAAGUGGUGUUUGGGUCCAUUGAGGAUGGAUAACAACAAAAAGUCAAAAUCAACAAAUAGAAGCUCAAAAGCGGUCUUAACACCACCAAGCGACAAUAUUCUGAGAUACAAUCAACCUUGGCAUUCAUGAUUAGAUAUUUUUUCUCUUGUAUAAAUUUCAUGUGAAUUCUCAGGAGAGCAGUAUAUUUCUGGCUAUGUUUGAAUGAGGUUCUUAAAAUAUAAACACUGAACUAUGCAAAUACCAGCAGCUUUAGUGACUUUGAUGGAAUGAAAUAAUUUGACCAACUCACUUUUACAUUUUUACAUGUGCAGAUAGGAUUUAUCUUUUUCACCACUUAUUUUUGGUGUGAAAGUUGAAUUCACUCCAGAUUUUUUCUUCUAGAAACCAGGAAACUAAAGAGACUAGUGCUAUACUGUUCUAUUCCUUGGCUACCUCACCCCAGACUUAGAAGAAUAUAGAUUUAUUACUUGGUCCCAAAUGGAACCUCUUAAUCACAUUCUAUUAAAGCGCAUGUGUGUGCAUACAUGCAUAUAGAAAUAUCUUAUUUAUAAUUAAAAUUUUGAAAGAGUUUGAGUAUACCUACAAAAGCUUCAUUUGUCUCAAGUACGAUCUUUGGGAAUUGAUGUGUUCAUCAUAGUUUCUUGGCUGCCUGGGCACUAUUUCUGAAAUCUAGCCUUGGAUCUUUGUACCUGUUAGCAUAAGUUUACUAAAAGCAGCCAACAGGCCCCACUUAAAUCCUGAUUGCUUGAUUUCAGGUUCCUGCUGUUUUCUCUGCAAAACAUCUAUUGUUGAAAAAAACUAGAAGCACCAGUUUCCACUGAGGAGAGGCUAGAAAUCUUUUCUUUUGUAACAGUGGUGUUUAAAAACACAGGUAGGCAGUUCUGUGCCUUAGGAACAGAACUGAAUCUCCAGCAGGACUGGCUCUAAUUCCAAGGGGCCAAUUGCUUUUACUGAACUGAAUCUCACCUUGAAAAGCUGUCUCUGGUAGCCAAUUCCAAAGUAGGAACUUUCAGUUCAGUAAGUGAGCCUGCUCUGUAGUGGGACUGAGCUGCGCCUGCUGCUUGUUAGUUGUGGAAAGUCUAAGAUAGACUCACUUCUCUUGCUGUUUUGUACUGGAAUUACCUGUCUCUCUUUUUACAACCAGACUUUAGUGUUCAGGCAUAUCAGGUGGGGAUCUCUUUCAAAUGCAAAUUCGGAUUCAGUUGGCCUGGAGUGAAGCCUGAAACUGAUUUCCUAACUUGCUCCCAGGAGGUACCAGAGCCUGUGUUUCCUGGCCCCACUUGGAGUUUCAAGGCUUCUGUGGGACUGUGCCACACUCAAGUUUCAGUCUCAACCGGCAUCAUAUAAGCAGAGAGACUUGUUCUAGCAAGCAGUUAGAAUGUAAGCAGGAGAAAAUGUAAUUCUGCUUUUCUUAGCUAGUAUCUUCAAAGGCAGGCUUUAGUAGCCUGAGAAGUUAGGACCUAGAAGACAAUAUAAGUGUACUGAGUUUCUCGCAAGUACUGAACCUAUUAAA